AUGGCUGCCGAUAAAGGUUCCGAGAAGACUUCGGUACAAGUCGCGCUUCGCAUAAGACCAAUUACAAACGAAGAUACCGCAAAUUUACCAACGCGAUUUCAACGACAGAUUCUUACAACAUCUCCGCAUAUACCAAAUCAAGUUGUCGUACAAGGGCAAAAUGAUAAAAAACCACAAACCUUUAGCUUUGAUCAUGUAUUUGGUCCAGAUACGAAACAGAAAGAAGUAUUCGAGAAGGCGGUAUUAAAUUUAGUCGAUAAAUUCUUGGAGGGUUAUAAUGUGACAAUACUUGCUUAUGGGCAGACUUCCUCGGGUAAAACACACACGAUGGGUACGGUGGAUAAUUCUUCCAUACUACCUGAUUACAAGGGGAUAAUUCCGCGUGCAAUGUCCACCUUAUUUUCCACCAUAAAUGCUGCUCAAUAUAAAACGAGAAAAUUUGCAAUCAAGGUUUCUUUCGUUGAAAUUUAUAAUGAGGAUUUGAUCGAUUUAUUGGGAGAGCAAAUAUGUGGCGAGAGUAAGCCUCAGGUGAUGGUUCGAGAAGAUUCAAAGGGUAAUAUCCUUUGGAGUGGCCUACAGGAAAUUAGAGUUCAUAGCGUCGAUGAGGUCGGUGCGACAGAUAUGAAUUCUCAAUCUUCCAGGUCUCACGCAAUCUUUUCGGUUGUUAUGUCGCAACAAAAAGGUUCGAACGCGUCGGGUUCACCUAUGUCACCGACUAAUGGUAAUCCUAGAUCUUUCUCGCGAUUAAGUGGAUCCCGUCCGUCAUCGAGGUCACAGAUGAGGAUGAGCAGUCGCGAUGAUGUAGAAAAUAUGACAGUGACAAGUAAAUUCCAUUUUGUUGAUCUGGCAGGAAGUGAACGGCUUAAACGUACCUCCGCAAUUGGGGAUCGUGCGAAAGAGGGUAUCUCAAUUAAUUCAGGUUUACUGGCUCUUGGGAAUGUAAUAUCCGCUUUGGGUGAUCCCUUAAAGGCGAAACAUACUACGCAUAUUCCAUAUCGAGAUUCUAAACUUACUCGUUUAUUACAAGAUUCCCUCGGUGGUAACGCACAGACGUUGAUGAUUGCAUGCGUUUCACCUACUGAAUAUAAUCUCAACGAAACAAUUAAUACGCUCAAGUAUGCGAAUCGUGCUCGUAAUAUUAAAAAUUCCGCGAUCGUAAAUCAAGAGGAAACCGGUUGGACCGAUUUAGAACAUUUACAAUCCUUAGUAAUGAAACUUAGAUCUGAAAUUAAAGCUUUGAAAUCUGCUAAUCCGAAUUCAGAAAAUGUUUACGAUGAUAUGUAUCAAAGUGAAUCCGGUCGUAGCACGCCAGUUCAUUUUCAAAAAGGAGAUGGUUUUAAAAGAUCAUCUCUCAAUACCUUUACAACGGCGAGCAUAAAAGCUACUUUAAAGCAUAACAAAGACAUUGAAUUAUUAGAGGAACAACUACUGGAUUUACAACGGUCCUAUUCGGAAUUAUCACAAAAAUACGCGAUAACGACCGCUGAACUUGCUAUGCACCAAGAUAAUGAUGCCGCACUACUAAUGAAAGAACAUCAGUUGGGCGUGAUAAAAGAGGAAGAAGAAGAUUCAGCGGAAUUUCGCAAGGCCGCAGAACCUGUAAUCGAAGAAUAUGAAAAAUCCAUCUCUACACUUGAAAGUCAACUUGCUCUAUCACAUGCUGCUUUAAGUCAUACUGAAACCUUAAUGCAAGACCGAGAAGGUAAACUGGAGUUUGCGGUACAAAUUAAUGAACAGAAUAUUAAUUUAAUAAAUGACUUUAAAAAGAAAAUCUCCAACCUUAGUGAGCGUGAGUCUACAAGUGAACAAUAUAUUAAAGAACUUGAAGUAAGACUAGAGAAGUACGCUAAUCAACAAAAGGGAGAUCAAGAGUUGAUUAAUGAAUUAAAAAGCAAUAUCGCUCAUUUGAAAACAAGUGAAGCGAACUCCGAAUGUUACAUUACUAAUCUUGAGACGCGCCUCGAAUCUUGUGAUCAACAAGUUGAAAAAUUCACCCAGGUUGUUGAAAAAUUAGAAAAACGAUUGCAGCAAAGGGAUGAAGCUUACCUUGAGUUAGAAUCAAAGAUGAAAGCUUCAUAUUCUGAAGAAGAAAUGAAAUUGUUACGGGAUGAGAUCGAAGAACGUGAUCAUAGAAUUUUGCAACUUGAAAAAAAAGUUGAUGACCUUGUACAUGAGUUAGAGUUAUUGAAAAGGUUAAAAGGUAAAGAGGGUGCCGAUGAAAGUUCCAAUUUAAUUUCUUUGAUUAAGAUGACUAAUUCUUCAGAAUCAUCAGCUAGUAAGCAAGAAAAAUUGAUUAUAUUGUCUCUCGAAGAAAAAUUAGAAGAGUUACAUAAAGUGCAUGAACAAACUGUAAAUGAGUUCAAUGAAAUCAAAAAUAAAUAUGAGGGAUGUCUUCAAGAAAUUCAUGAACUACAGAGUCAAUUGACUGAAGUGAAGUUGAAUCAUUCGGAUUUAUUUGAUUCUGAUCCUUCAAGCCCAAUGACCCCGUCGACACCAUUAUCUAAUUCUGUGAGAAUGUCUCUUCCUCCUGCGUGCAUUCAUAAGGAAGGAAAUAAAGAAGCGCUAGCUUUUGUCAAUGCUAUGGUUGCCUCUAGACAAAAGACACAUCGUAGAGUCAGAUCAUUAGCACCAGAAAUCAUUGAUAAAGAGAAGAAAGACCUUACCCACGAAGCAAUUGUCAAAAAACUUCAGAAUGAAAUUCAACAACUUGAAUCCUUGCAUCAGGAUAAGGCAGGCGGUUUGGAAAUUUUUAAACAUGAAUUUGCACGUUUAGAGAUGACUCAUCGUGAAACUUUGGAGGUAGUACAAGAACUUCGUGAAGAAAUAAAGAGGCGUGAUGCAUUAGCUCAAUUGGAAGUGAUGUCAGUAAUAACUUCAGAUGGUGAUAUAUCAGGAGUUACAAGCGAAAUUGAUGAACAUGAAAUUGUACACCGUCUGCGUGAAGAGGUAGAAAAUCUUCGGGAAGAACGAAGUCGAAUACUUGAAUCCAUCUCUGAACGUGAAAAUGACGUUCGUAAAAAAGGUUCACAAGUUGUAAAUUUGGUUUCGAAUAUCCGUGAGCUUCGUGAACAAUUAUUCCUUGCACUUGAAAGGGAUCAAAAGAAAUCAGAUGAAGAAAAUGAAGAAAAUAAAAAGUUCAUUAACGAAUUACAAAUUAAGGUUAAAGAUUUAGAGCAACAACUUGAAAGAGAACAAGAAGAACAUUUACAUUGUGAAGUCUCUAACAUCGUCAACGAGCCUAAUGAACUAGAAAAUUCAAAUAAUAAAAGAUUAGAGCAUGGGCAAGAACCUCAACAAAGGCCAGAAGAAGUUGAUGACGAGAUUAUUGGUCUUAAGUCAAAAGCAGAAAAGCUUCAGGCUGAGAUCGAGGCGAAGAGUCAUACAAUCGCUGUUCUUUUAUUGCCAACUGUUGAACGGGAUACGAUUCGCAAAUUUGAAACUGAACUUCAUGAAACUAAACAGGCUUAUCAUGAGGCUUUGGAAAUAAGUAACAGCAAACAAACUUCGGACGAGUUAGAACAAAAUGUUAACGAAAAUCUUAAAGAAUUAGGAGAUAAAGUUAAAUAUCUUGAAAAUCAAUUGUCAAAAGCCAAAGAGUCACAAUGUCAGACUCCGCGAAAUUCUAUAAAAUUUAAAAUGGAUCCACAAAAAACAGUUGAGAUUCUUCAAGAAAAUCUUGCCACAUUAAAACAAGAAAUAUGUAGCAAAUUCGAUAAAGCCCAACACUCAAUAAAUGAUCAAGGUUUGAUAGCAGAAUUACAAUCACAACUUGAAAAACUUAAUUCGGAUAUUAAAGAGAAGUAUGAACUUAUAGAAACUUUGAAAAAAGACUUAGCUGACAAGAGUGUUAUACAACAAAAAUUAAGGGAGAAAGAAGCAGAAUCAUCUUCACUAAGGUUGCAACUUUCCGAAGUUAAGAAUCGCGAUGAAGAGAUGCAAAACCAAAUUAAACAACUCCAAAUUGAGUUAGAAAAAAUUGAAACCCAUAAUAUUGAUAAUGAAGCUUUAAAAUCAGAAUUAGAAGGUGUAAGAAAAGAAUUAAAAAAUUCCAAAGAAAAAGAAUCUUUUGCAUUUGAACGUUUGAAAAUGUUGGAUGCUGAAGAAACAAAAAUACGACAAGAGAUGAAACGAUUGAGAAACAUUGAACUUUUGCAAAAAGAAAGAAUUACAGUUUUAGAAUCUAGAUUAUCUAGAAAUAGUUAUGGUCUGUUUGAUGGUGAUACUGCAAGAUUGAAGAGUGAAUUAAUAUCAGCAAAAGAAACUGAAAUGUUACAAAAAAAUACAAUUGCUGACCUUGAAUCGAAACUCGAAAAAUCUGUAAUGGAAUAUACAUCGUUACAAACAAAGAUUGAUUAUAUUAAAUCUAAAGCUUUAGUAAACCAUAAUCAUAUUCUUGAACGCGAAAAUCAAUUAGCUAAGAAUGAAGAUUCAGAGAAGGUUAAACAACUAAAGGAAGAAAUUGAAAGUUUGCGUGCUCAAGAAACUGAACAACUUGAAAAAAUUGAAACGCUCGAAAAUCAAUUAUCAAUUAUGCAAAGAAAGAAUGACGUUUCUACAUUAAAAGAUGAAUUAUCUUCAUUAAAAGAUAUCAAAUCUAACUUCGAAAAAACAAUUCAAGAUUUAGAGUUUAAACUUUCGAUAGCACAAAAAGAAGCCGAAAAGUUACAGUUGGUCAAGGAAGAGAUUAAAUUAUUGAAGGUAUUAGAAUCCGAACAAAAAUCUAAUAUUGAUCAAUUACAGGCUCAACUUCAAGAGAAAACUCUCGCCAAAGAUUCUGUUAUUAAAGAGUUAGACAUUUUAAAAAAGGAUUUUGGUUCACAAAAGGAAUUAGUUGUUAAAUUAGAAGGGGAACUUAAAAAUGUGAGGGAGGAAUUGGGUAUAGCAACUGAAAUUAAUGAUGCCAGUUCAAAAAAACUUGAAGAUUUAUCCAAAAUGUUGAAAGUUACUUUAUUAGAACGAGACACGGAAGAGAAGAAAUCAAAAGAUUUGGAAAGUAAAGUGGAACAAUUGAAAAUUUCAAAAAUUGCUGAAGCAAAAGAAAUUACUACGCUUCAAGAUCAAUUAACAAAAUCCAAGUUCGAAAUGGAGAAACAGAAUGAACUUUUAGCAAAACUCGGAGAGCAAAUGAUGAAUAUUGAAAAAGAACGCGAGCAGCAUGCUUUACGUAUUGAAGAACUAAAUGAGACUAUUAAAUUUAAAGAAGCUGAACAAAAAGAAGCAGUUUCAACUUUAGAGUCUAUAAUAAUAAAUCUUCAGAUGCAACUUGUCGAAACUGAGAAUUCAUCACAAGUUGAUGCUAAAACAAUUAAAAGACUUGGAGACCAACUUGCUACAGUCGAAACGCAGCUGGAGAAAGCGAAAGCUUCAGAUAGAAAGCGCGCACAGAUAAUAAAUGAAUUUGAGGGUAAAUUGAAGAUAACUAAUUGCACUUUGAAUGAAAAAGAACAAUUAUUGUCUACGCAAGUUUCUCUUAUCCAAGAGUUGGAAGAAAUUGCUGUGAAAACACAAAUGGGACUUACAGAUGCAAGAAAAUCCGAGGCCAUUGCAUCCAAAAGAGCCAAAGAACUUGAAGUAAGACUUGAUGAAUUCCAAUCUAAAUAUGAAGGAAAUAUAUCAUCACUUAAUGAUAAUUUGAAUAAAAUCAAGAAUGAACUUAGAGAAGUCCGAAGUUCUAAAGCUAGACAAGCCGAACUGAUUGAAACACUUAAAGCACAACUUCAAGAAGCGGAAAUUAUUCGGGAUCGAGAAAUGUCUAAACUUCAGAAAGCAAAUGUUGAAAUUGCAACACUAAAAGAACAAUGUGAUCAGUUGAAAAGUCAAAUCAAUGACGCAAAUACAUUACAAAAUUAUAAGAAUAUUGAUAGUUCUAUCGUUGAAGAUUUGACCAAACAACUUGAAACAGCCAGAGCUGAAUCGAUUACAUAUCGCGAUCGUGUAGAAGAAUUAGAAAAUAUGACAAAACAACUUGAAUCUGAUAAGAAAGGUCAGGUGAAAACGAAUGCUGAUUUAUUACAACAAGUUGAACAGCUUCAAAAGAAAUUAGAAUCCUUAACAGAAGAAUUUCUUGAUUCCGCUGCAAAACAAGAGGAUGCUGAUAUGCUUUCAAAUGAUCAAAAGGAUCGCAUUACAGACUUAGAAAAUGCACUUGCAGAAGUAAAGAAAAUAAAAACCAACCAUUCAAUAACCUUUAACGAAGGAAUAACGAAUCAGGAUGAUGGAUCAAUCAAAUUGUCUUUUGCAAAAUUAGCCGAAGUUAACGAAAGUCUAAAUAAAACUAAUGAAAAUCUCACAACAAAAAUUCUACAAGCUCAAAUUCGAAUGAAUGCUCUAAGUCAAAAGAUAAAGCAAUUGGAGAGUGAGCUUUUGAACAUAAGACUUUUCGAAAAAAAUGUUUCUAAUGAUUCUGUUUCUAAUGAUGGUGAAUCGGUUAGAGAUCUUAAAGAAAAAAUUAGAGAACUUGAAGCUGAAAAAGAAGGACUAGAACGAAACAAUUCUGCAUUCCGUGAAGAGCGUAUCAAACUUGAUCAGAAGAUAGAAUCUUUAUUACGGCAGUUAGAAACAGCCGGUAAUGGAGGAAAUGGAACUGCUUCCCAACUUUCCGAACUAAAUAACAAAAUAAUUGAACUUGAAAACGAAGUUUCAAGCUUAAAACAAAAAUCAGAUUCAGAUUCAGCAGAGAUGAAGGGAGAAAUUUCAAGAUUAUUGGAAAUUAACGAAAAAUUAGGGAAACAAUGUCAAAAGAACGAGAUCAAGAACCAUGUAAAAUCUGUAGUUCAAAGAAGCAGUUCAAUGCCACCACACGAAUUGGAGCAUAUCUCUCCAAAAGUUAAAGACCGUCCAAGAAUUACUAGCCUUGACGGCUCAAUACAAACAAAACUUUCACAACAAGAAUGCACUAUUAUAGAGCAAGAAAAUAUUAUCAAAACUCUUAAAGAAAGGAUAUUUGAGCUUGAAACUCGCACAGAUGAUGAAUCGUUGUAUGAAGUAUCUUUAACUAGUGGAAUGCUUGCAACCGAUCUUGAAGCCGUUGGCGGUUUCCGCUUAUCGACAAUGUCAUCAAACUUUUCAGAUAUUGUGAAGAAAAAGAAUAUGAAACCAAAUGCUGUUGCUGCAAUAGCAAAUCUUCCAAUCACUCCUCCACCAACACCACCACCAUCUCAUUCUUUAUUAUCAAGUAUUGGACAUGGGACAAUUAGUCCGCCUCCAAGAAAUGCUAAUUCCCCUAGGCCUGAUUCACGAACUGGAUUCGACUUUUCUAAUGCUCAGGCGGCAGAAUUUACAGUAGAGAUUCAAAAAUUACAUAGAAGAAUUGCUAAAAUGGAAGGCGAGAGUCUUGAGAGCAAACAUCUCAUUGAUACUUUAGAAAGUUCAUUGACAGAAAAUGAAACAAAUUUACGUGUUGCAAAACAACAAUUGCAAAUCUUACAGCGAGAAAAGAUGGAUCUUUCGGACCAAAUCAAGAAAUUGAAAUUAGAAUUAGAUGAAAUGACUAAUUUAUAUGAAGACGCAAAAUCAUCCGUACAGAAAGAAAAACAAGUUAUAGAAACUGUUUUAGAAGAAGAAAGAAAGGCGAAAGAAUGUGCUGAAAAAGCAAGACGACAACUUGAAACUCGUAUGGAAGAACUUAUGGCCAAGAAGAGCAAAUUUAUGUGCUUCUAA